AUGCUUAGUAGGAGAAAGCUCUUCGCAGAAGACAAAGAGUACAAUGAAAGUUUGGUGUUGUUAUUCACCAUUGCCAGUUCGAUGAUUUGGAUCAUGGUGCCCGGUUUGGCAUUUUUGUAUUCGGGUUUGGCCAGAAGAAAAAGUGCAUUAUCCAUGAUAUGGGUCGUCAUAAUGGGUACAUUUGUGGGAUGUUUCCAAUGGUACUUUUGGGGUUAUUCGCUUGCAUUUGCACCAUCUUCCAAUAACUUUAUUGGCGACUUGACAUACUUUGGUUUCAAAGGACUUUUGGGAUUAUCUGAGCUUGCCAGUGAUUAUCCCGAGAUUGCAUUCGCCAUCUUCCAAAUGCAAUUUAUGGCGGUCACCGUGGCAAUUUUGGCUGGUGCCCUCGUGGCGGAAAGAGGCCGGUUUCUUCCAUCAUUGGUGUUCAUCUUCUGCUGGGUCACCAUCGUAUACUGCCCAGUGGUACACUGGAUAUGGGGUGGCGGAUGGGCUUCUACCUGGCGAGGCGGUGCCUUGGAUUACGCCGGUGGAGGACCAGUGGAAAUUCUUUCCGGUGUUUCGGCUUUCGUCUACAGCGCAUUCUUGGGUAGAAGAAACGAAACUUUAAUGAUCAACUACCGCCCUCACAAUAUCUCCACAAUAUUCUUGGGAACCGCUCUCCUUUACGUCGGAUGGCUCUUUUUCAACGGGUUCUCGUGCUUAAAUGCUUCAGCAAAAGUACCAUACUCAAUGAUGAACACCCACUUGUGCGGAGCAUUCGGAGCCAUUUCUUGGUGUUUGCUCGAUUUCCGGUUGGAAAAGAAAUGGUCCAUGGUCGCCGUCUGUUCUGGAUGUAUUUCCGGUCUCGUUGCUGCCACUCCAUCAUCAGGAAUGAUCCCAUUGUGGGCAUCGGUAAUCUUGGGUAUCACCGCCGGUAUCGUGUGUAACUUUUCCACCAAAAUCAAGUACAUUUGUGGAGUCGAUGACUCACUUGAUGUGUUGGCAGAGCACGGUAUCGCAGGUAUCGUUGGUUUACUUUUCAAUGCAAUCUUUGGCUCAUCUACAGUCAUUGGUUACGACAAUGUUACCGACCAUGCGGGAGGCUGGAUCGACCACAACUGGAAGCAAUUGUACGUUCAAAUCGUUUACAUUCUUGCUACCGCUGCCUACUCUGGAGGAGUUACAGCUGUGCUUUGUUUUGUCAUAAACAAGAUCCCAGGUUUGCAUUUGAGAAUAGACUACAAUGCCGAAGAAGUUGGUGUUGAUGAGGACCAAAUUGGAGAAUUUGCAUACGAUUACGUUGAGGUAAGAAGAGACUUUUUGGACUGGGGAACUCCAACUGUUGCCAAGGAAGAAGGAGAAAUGGCACAAUCCGUCAAUGAACCAACUGACAACGAAGUCAGCGAGGAAGCAGUUUACGAAGGAGUAACUACAAGUUCACAGGGUUCGGUACUGGGAACACAAGUCAACGAGAAACAGGAUUAG